AUGCGGGUACAAACCACCGGAGUGUCACUGUUGCUUUCGGCAUUAUUACCCAGUAUCGCAUCGGGUUAUAUCUUCGACUGCGCGGAUGUUAAGACGAAGGAGCAUACAUACGAUUUGAGUGGACUGCGCGGCACUCACGAGAUCACGCACUCCUCUGGUAACGGAACGGAAGGCCUGAUUACCAAUACAACUUAUGUGCUCAAUAUCUGCAAUAACUUGAAGGGGGCUGCCAAUCGUCCUGAGGGGAAAUGCGGGACUACUAAGAACAUUUGCGGAUUCGUAACGACAACCACCGAAGACGGCGGCGGUUCACAUUGGGCUUACUCCCUCGCCGGCCUCGAUCACCUGGGCGAAGGCGUCAAGGAUCCCGAAGUGACUCGAUUGAACGAGAUCGAUGAGGAACUAGAAGGUGUGCGCAUCAAGAUGGCCGGUGGUGAAUACAAGGACAAAGCGGACGCGAAGAAGAAAACCGCGGCCGCCGUGAUCGAUUUCCAGUGCGAUCCCUCCCGAUCUGGAUUAGAGGGACUGGCAAACACCGAGGACGAGGGUGCGGAGAAACGUCGACGAGAUGGCGAGGUGGUCCAGGAACCGAGUCUUCAGUUCAAGAGCAUGGCUCCCAAUGACGACGACACGUAUAUCUUGCGAUUGAAUUGGCGUACGAGAUAUGCGUGCGACAACUAUGAGGGUGGUAAUUCAGGAGAUAGCUCCAAGCACUGGGGUUUCUUUACUUGGCUGAUCAUCAUUAUCUUCCUUUCCGUCGCUGCCUACCUCAUCUUCGGCUCAUGGCUCAACUACAACCGCCACGGUGCUCGUGGCUGGGACCUCUUGCCGCACGGCGAUAACCUCCGUGACAUCCCCUAUAUCUUCCAAGACUGGGUUCGCCGUGUGCUCAACACACUACAAGGGAGUGGAGGGUCGAGGGGCGGAUACAGCGCUGUGUGA